AUGGCGUCCGAGUACACCGCCGCGCCUCGCGAGUCCUUCACCCUGCCUCGCCACGCGUCCAAGUUCUCUGUGUCCGCGGUGGUGCACAUCAUCAAGGAUGUUUGCGAAGACAUGAUUGGCCCAGAACGGCCGUACGUCUACGAGGAGGCACAACCGCUCAUCAAGGACUUGUGUGCUGAGAUCCAGCAACGGACUGUGCGUCUCGGCUACGAGCGGUACAAGCUGGUCACUCAUGCGACGGUGACGGAGGCUGCCAGCCAAGGUAUGCGCGUGGCCUCGCGUUGCCUGUGGGACCCAGAGACGGACAACUACGCGACCUACACGUACUCGAACCAGUACAUGCACGUCACCGUUGUUGUCUUCGGAGUUUACUGGGAGUAA